UGCUGUUUUGUCGUGUCAGUAUUGUUUCAGUUUUAUCGAGGUUUAUUUAUCUAAUGAUUUGUUGUUGUUUUCACAGAUCGACAGAAAAAAAGCGAUUGUACAUUUGAUAUGUGAAGGUUCUGUAUAAAACACAAAAGAUAAACACACCAACAGAAAUAUAUUUCCUUAUUUACUGAUGACAGCCAAGUAGUUGGAACGACUAGAUUCUAGAGAAUGGGCCGGACACGGACAAGAGUAUCUGCAUUCAAAGUGUUUAUGAACAAAACCACAAAAAACAAUGAGUUCGAUCAAAUUAAGUCCGGUGAACAUAAAAUCAAAGAUCGUGCCAUUUACAGACGUCGGAAAAAAAGCAAAUUUGGUGAACUUUCCGAUCAUGUGUCUGUAUUGUCAGCUACACCUGAGAGGAAAACUAGAAGUAGUUCUCAAGGAACUAGUACAAAAAAUACAAAUACUGAAUUAGUAGAAAGUAUUUCUAAACAACUGCCUGAAGCGAAACACAAAACUAGGCACAGAAGUGUUUCAGGAGAGAUUAGUACAAAAGUUGACCUAGUUUCAGAAAAUGUGACAGAUAGCUUGCCUCAACGUGAUCUCAGGAAAAGAGAGAGGAAAAAUACUACCAACGGUGGUGACACAGAAAAUUAUGUGGAAGAAAAGUUGACUAACAAGUUGGUGAAACGUGGAAAGAAAAACAGAAAGAUUUCUACUGAAAAUAUAAAAAUAAAUGAUGACAAAUUAAAAAGUGAUUUGAAGAAAACUGAUAAACGUAAAAACAGAAAGAUAACCAGAAUUGUCUCAGCAGGUGAUGACUUGCAAAAUGAUUGUGCAGAAAGUGUUUCUAACAUGCCUGCUAAAAGGAAACACAGGGAAGAAUUGGUAGAACAAACUGAAGUUAUUAAGCAAAACCGUGAAAGAAAAUCUAAAACCAAGAAAAGAAAAUCUGCCACCAGAUCUUCUAGUUCGAUGUACACCUCAGUCCAUGAGGAUGCGAGCACAUUUGAUGACAAGCAGACAGCAUCUCGGAAAUCUAAACGGUCUUCUGAGAAUUUUUAUGAUGAAACAGAUGUGGCCAUCAUUGAUGAUGCAGUAGAGAUGGUUCCAGAAGUUAUUGAUGUAAAUUUAAUGAAAUCAUCAUCUGCUGUACAGAUAAAAGAAAGAAAAACCAGAGUUGACAGUAAAAAAGUGAGUAAAAAGUUUACAAAAAGUAAAAGCACAAGUGAUAUUAAUACACGUGUCAGCAAAAUGAGUAGCAGUGGUGCACGUUUGAAUAUCCCUAAAUCUGUGCUGAUUUCAAAAUGGAAGACAUUUUCUGAAAUGACUGAUGAUAAGGGAUUCAAAUGCAGUUCUCCAUCAUCACCACAGAGUUUUGAGAUAAACGAUGAUGACACAUCAAAACAGGAAAACAGUCCCAAUGUAAAUUCAACUUUCACCAUCAAUAAACAUGACAGAAGCAAAGAUAAACAAAUAAAAUCAAAAAAGGUAAAAGAAACUAAAACAAUGCGUAAUAAAAAUAAGCAGACGUCAAAAUCAGUGCAAGAAUAUGAUGCAGCGUCUGAUCGCUCUUCCUCUGAGGGUAAUGAUGAAGAAGAACGUACUGCAGAUGUCACUUUGGAUGAUGCAGACGUCACUUUAGAUGAUGCAGACGUCACUAUGGAUGAUGCAGACGUCACUAUGGAUGAUGCGGAUAUCACUAUAGAUGAUGCAGACGCCACUGCAGAUGAUGUACAAAAAACACACAAGAAACCAAGAAUGCUGGCUUUGAAGACGAAAGAUUGUGGAGUUCUGCUGCUGCUGCCUCACCCUCGACAGAUCUGUCUCCAGGGACGAGCGUUGAUCGGGGUCGUAUGUGGCAGUGCCAGUAUCCUGCAAUACAGCAUAACCAGGAACUUGCCACCUUGCAGAGUUUUCUCCCCUUCCAGCAACAGUCUUCUGACCCUAGAAACCUCAUUGGGAGUCAAUCUGUCAGUGUUAAAACCAGAUAUAGCAGAUCUUUCAGAUGAUUCUGCUUUGUUAGAUGAGAUUGAUUCUAAGACUGACGAAUUGUAUGUUUUGUUAAGAAUCGACAGAAUCCACUCGGAUUCGUUAGAUUACCUGUGUGACGUUCCGCCUUACACGAAUCUGUUUUCCCUGAGUAUUGGUGCUUCCAAAAGGUGUAACAAAGUUCUGCAGUCUGUUGGCCUAGCUGUGGCGUCACCUGAUAGGAUAAAUUUGUCUGUUUUGUCUUUAUCUGACGGUUACGUCCGUUCCAUUGACAAGUGGGUUAACCUCAUCAAAUACAGUGACACACCCCCUGUUGUUCUAGUGUGCGCGGGAAAGAAUUGUGGGAAGUCGACCGCUGCACGUAUGCUGGUGAAUGCGGCACUCAAUGUAACCAGUGAGGUGUGUUUUCUUGAGUGUGACGUCGGUCAGUCGGAGCUCACACCGUCUGGCUCCAUCUGUCUUCACAGACUCACUGAGCCUCUGUUAGGACCUCCAUUUACACACCAAAGAGAACCACAGAGUAUGUGUUUCUUUGGAGGCGCCACUCCCUCAGACAACCCGAGUGUGUACGUCAGUCAGCUGCAGUAUGUCUACAGUUCCUAUAAGAAGAUGCGAUCGCCAGCUCCUCUCAUAGUCAACACCAUGGGCUGGAUUGACGGUUUAGGGUUGUGUCUCUUGAUGGAUACAAUUCACAUCACCAUGCCGACGCUGAUUAUUCAACUUGAUUCACCGUCGAGUCUCAACAGCUUCAAACCCAUCACUCCAGAAUACGUCGUCGAGGAGCCAGGAUGGUGCUUCAGUCAAAAACCAGCUUCACAGCUGAAUAGAAAAACACAUGAACUUAUAAGACUGAAAUCUCUUUCGGACAAUAUGCAAAGUGUUAUUUCGAACUGGAAGCCUGUUGACCACAGAAACAUGUCGCUGCUGGUGUAUUUGUCAGCUCUCGUCAAACCGAGGAAGACCCUAAACUCUCUGACCCCAUACACCGUGCCGUGGUCUGCGGUCGGAGUUCACGUCUGCCACUACGCAGUGAAGCCAUCCCAAGUGUUCUGUGCUCUCAAUGCCAGCGUGGUGGCGCUGUGUCACGCUGACCUGGCACAGGCUCACAGGCCCAAUGAAGAUUCUCCUUGGUUUUUUGAUGAAGUGCCUGUUUGUCAGUGUCUUGGACUAGGUAUUGUUCGUGGAAUAGACAUGGAGUUGAAGAAGAUCUAUAUCACGACACCGCUGUCAGCUGAAAGACUGCAAAAUGUUAAUACAAUCUUGAAGGGCAAUAACACAAUUCCGCAUAACGUUCUCCUACAACAGAAACGUGUCGACUUCAUCCCGUAUGUGGACACGGUUCUCAUGACACAAACUGCCGGCAAGUUUCGUGCUCGAAGAAUAGCAAGGAGAUAACUGCCACAGAAAAUCCUGUCUCUUGCCAAACAACUCAUUAAUUACUCAUGUACCUUUAAGAAAUUCAUUUUAAUGAAUGCAAAGUAAAUCAUCUCAAAUCUCUUUUAAUCUCAGUUGCUCAAAACAUAUCAAAGUCAAGAAAUUAUUCUAUGGUAUAAUUUUCACCAACAACUGUUGUGUUUAUUUUUGAACCAUAUAUAUGCACGGAUCUGGGGGGGGGGGGUGAGUGCGCACCCUUUCCCUUAAACUUCAAAGUACAAUUUAAAUCGUAAUGUAUGCUAGUGUACAUUCGAAUACCAUAGGUUUCCUUUUUGGAUGUUGACCUCCCUCCCUAUAAAGAUCAUGCAGCUGUCAUCGAAUUUAUUCGUUUGUUUCAUUCAGUGUUGAGAUAACGGUAUUUGAUGGUCUUUAAUUAUUAUAAAUGUCAAUGUUUUGUUCAUGCAGUUACUCUUUGCCCUGAUAUAAUAUGACGUAAAAGAAACUGAUUUCAUGCUAGUCACAAGAUAUCACUUUUUAUGCAGUACAAGUCUGACUCAAUUCAUUUACUUUGUAAUAGACUUUCACAGGCUUUCUUGUUUUACAUUGAAAUUUCAAUGUAUGUAUAUAGUAUAUGGAAAUAUAGUUUUGUGUCAAAACAAAAUUUACAUAUUCAGGGCACAAUAUUUAAUUUGAUUCGUCAUUCUGUUCAUGCAAAUCAUCAGUCAUGACAUGACACAGCUUCCUGAAGUUCCACAGUUCUACCGUUACAGAAUAAUGCAGGCCUCUAAGAAUUGAAAAUUCACUUAAUGCAUUUCUGUUAAUUGAACUUAUUGUGGCUAACCCACUGCAACAAAGUAAAUUAUCAUAUUAUGCCCUAAAUUUAAUACACAAAUGAACAACAAAAUUAUAAUAUUUGCACAAUUUUUGCACAGUUUUUCAGAGGCUUGUAAAGUUGGUAUUCUAACUCAUUAGCCUGUUACAUUGUCUGUAUACAUUAAAAUCUCAGUGUUUGAUAUGGAUUGUAUACUGUUAAAUCGGAAACCAGUGACUGACAAAUAAAAACAGUGAAAUAAAAAAAACCCCAUAUC